AGCGUUCCACUGCGUUCCAUUCCAUGCCUGUUGAUUGGUUCGCUGCGCCACCGCAUUUGCAGUCUGGGCAGCCGUUCGUAGCUGACCGCCCGUGGCCGUUAUCGGUGCUCCGUGCCGUUUUCGUUGUGUUCGCGCCACAGUGAAACCCCCUCUGUCCGCGGCAAAAUGGGCGUCGAAGUGCAGACCAUCUCUCCCGGCGACGGUCAGACAUUCCCCAAAACUGGUCAGACAGUUGUGGUCCAUUACACAGGUACCUUGGCAGAUGGUGCCAAGUUUGACUCGUCGCGGGAUAGGGGCAAGCCAUUCAAGUUUCGCAUUGGCAAAGGGGAAGUUAUUCGUGGCUGGGACGAAGGCGUUGCUCAGAUGAGCGUCGGCCAGCGAGCCAAGCUGAUCUGCUCUCCAGACUAUGCCUAUGGAGCCAUGGGCCACCCAGGCAUCAUCCCGCCUAACGCCGUGCUCACCUUCGACGUGGAAUUGCUGCGGCUUGAGUAAAAUUAAUGAUUGCUCCACGCCCUUCCCAGCUCUACGAACAAGCAUCGGCGUCAAGCCGGUCGCUGUCUUCGCUCAUCCCUUCCCUUAACCCCACCACCAAGCGUUUCGUUUGUUUGUUUCAUUUGUUUUGUCCACUCCUUGCCCCCAGCAAAAGUCUCGGACAAAGGCCUGGCCUUCCUCUUGUGGGCAGGUGGAGGCAGCCUUGUUUGCACCGUGCGUCAGGCCUCCUCCAAGCAGCGGAUGACACACUUUUUGUCAGUUAAACAGCAUCCGGGAGAGGGAAUUCCUUUGAGAAACGAGAUGCACGCCCAUUCGCUUGAUGCGUUUUAUUGCCGGGCUAACAAUGCUCAUCGCGCCCAACGAACUAGCCCAAAACGUGCGGGAGACCUUCCGACUGUUCCCGUGUCGAGUUGCCGUUAGUGAGCCAGGCCACCUUGUGAACAAAAAAGGGAGUUUGAGCAGAAUCUGAAGACGUUGCAAGAACCGCCGUGGAUACCGUUGUGGCAGUGUUGGGAAUCCCAGGGUGGUUCGCUGUCUGGAGACGUCUACCAAUUGCUGCGGGGGGUGUGCGCGUCACAGAAUCAACAGCACGCGUCCUCCUCUUGCCUCGCCAUCCGAGAUUCCGUGCUUUGGUGGUGUUUCGGGACAGCCGACCACUCUGCUCGAAGGAGCCUUUGACAUUUGGACUUGCCAAGAAAGCCGCUGUGUUUCUCUGUGUACGCUCUCUGGUUGUUGGGGACGUGGUGUUGGCACGGUGCCACACAAUGAUGCUGCACUGCCGCACUGCGCCCUGGAACUAUGCACCCCCUCCCGUGCCCUGUACCUGUGUGUGAGAAAUAGAAAUGUUCCAAAUGCA